UUUGACUCGUUUAUCAUCGUCCUUGGAGCCAUUUUAUGCUAGGUUUUGGAAAAUUUUAGUAUGUUUCAAGCCAUAGCAGGUGAAUUCGUUGAAAGGAUCGAAAGUAGGACGAAAGGGAUCGAAAACGAGACAAAGUGUUGAAAAUUUCAUGGAUCAGUGUUUAGAGGAGAUCGUCACAGGCAGGAGACCGUGAAGCUUGCAAAGUUUCUAGAGCUUUCGGACGUGUUGCGGGCGGUGCGAGGAUCACUUGCUCAAGGCAUUGAGUCGCGUGAAGUGUGCAAGUAAAUUGGUGCAUUUUUCAAGCACUGACAUCACGGUUUCACUGCACACAUCACAAACGUGAAGAUCGACCGUGAAAUGCGCAUUGUCAGGUAUAAAUGGAGAAGGACAUCAGAUUUCAAGGGGAGAAGGGUUUUAGAGUGAGCAUUGUUCCUUCUUCCACAACCUCGAGAGAAAGCUACGAACCAAGAAGAAUUGAAGGUGGAUUUGGCCUACCCAAGACCAAAGGAAGCCAUAUUUCAUCUCCAAACACCAAUCCAAGCAACUAGGAAGAAGGAGAAUAAACUUUCCGUGAGUUUUUCCUCUUUUUUAGUUGUUGUUCGUUCUCUAGUUAUGGAGUAGUUUCUAUUUUCACUUAGAUAAUGUGAACCCUAGUCUAAUUUGUUGUAGAUUCAUGAUUGUGAACUCUAUGUAGUGAUUGGCAUGUUUAAUUAUAUAUUGAUUUGAGUAUUUAUCAUGAAAAUUGAGUGUCCUUUAUCAAUUUCCUCAAUUUUGGGGCAAAUUGACCUAAGAGAGAGAAGAUAUCAUUAUAGCAAUUUGGGUCACUAUUCAAUCAUCGUACAGAGCCAUGAACGAGAGUGAAUUUUUUCUUUACGCCUUUCCGGGUCAUCUCCCGAGUGAGUUGAUUUGGUUUCCCUAAUUGACUAAACUAAUUUUGAUCUCCUAACUGUCUAUGUAAUAUUGAAAUCACGUUAGAAUAUCAUAUCACCGUCUCAACACAGGACUAGGUGAUAAUCAUCCGAGUGAAGUCUUCUCACUUGAAUGCAACUUAGUUGUUUUUUGUUUAGUUUAAUAGCUUGAAACAAUGUUUCUACCGCUAGAUAACUUGUAGUUUGCUGAAGUAAGGAUAGAUAAACCCACGGGGUUGAUAAUUGAAAUAUACUUUCUCUAUACUACACUCGGUCGUAAGUUAGACUUGACCUUCUAUAAGUAAGUGUGUAGUUAAACGUGAGUCAAUACCUUUAAUGAAUGAUGCUGGCACCCUAUCCAUUUUUCUCUAACAAAAAGGGUUAUAGGUAUAAUAUGCCCCUCUACUAUGACGUUUUAUCAAACAUGCCCCUCUACUAUUUUUUACAUCAAAUAUGCUCCUGUACUUUAAAGAACCAAAAAGAUUCUAAAGUGAAUUUAUUAUGAAUAUUUUAGUCAUUUGUGUCGCCCAAACUAAAGUUCGGAGUUGGUUAAUGAUUUUUGGAUUAAAAUUUUAACAAAAUGAAAUAUUUGAUCAUUUUUAUAAAAUACAGGAGCAUAUUUGAUGUAAAAAACAGUAAAUGGGCAAUGUUUGAUAACUUAUUCCUAUUUCUCUUGCUCAAAGACGACUAUUGGGAACGACAAACUAUUCCCCAGUAGGUCGAAAUGUCAAAGUCUUCCACAGCAGAAGCUUUCAAGUCUACUCCCAAAGAAAAGUCAACGAACUCCGCUCCAACAUCAUCGCCCAUUUCACCAACACCACACAGAAAUUAGGUUCAUAGAUCGAUAUCUCAGAGUCGCUAACUCGUUCCCCUGAACAUGGAUUUGCUGGCAUCAAAGCUAGAAUUCCUGGACAUACUCCAGGAAGCUCUCUCCCUCCCCUUCAACAGCAUCAGGUUCAUCAUUUUCUCUGCUCUAACCUCCUUCCCUUUCUUCUGCUUCUCGCUCUUCUUCAACCUCACUCUCCAGCAAUCCGUCCUCCAAAUCUACGCUUCCCUAUGGCACUCUCAGCAGAUCCAGACCGCCUUUUCGAAGCUCGUUCAGCUCGGUCUCCUCUACCUGGUACCUUACCACCUCCUACAAUUCCUCAGCGUAGCCACAACGGUCGACAUGGCCACACGGCUCUACGACGGGGAGAACCUGGGAGGAAGCAGCCUUAGGGACUUCCUCGGGAGACCCUUAUGCCGAAAUGGGAUCAAAGGCCCCUUCGUCACUUUCAUGUACUCUGUCCUGCUCUCUGCCUCCACACUUCUCGGCUUGCUCUGGAUUGCCGCCAAUUGUUUCUUCGUCAUUAAACUCUUCGACAGCCCCCUUGACUACUACCACUAUUAUGACGACGACUACUACUACUACUACAACUGGUCUGGAGUGAGCCUGCUGCUGAAUUCUGCAAUAAUUGGGGUCCAUGGAGUGGCCUUUGUUGCCUUGUUGAGCAAGUACGUGGAGUGGGGCGGCGGAUGGAACGCGAGCGUGGUGGUUUCGAUCCUCGGGGAGGAGUAUGGGAACGAGGCCUUCGAGGUCUCGGCUUACUUCACAAGGGGGAGCCAGUUCAGGGGUGGGAUGCUUAUGUUUGUUUUCUUUGCUUGGGGAGUGGUACUUAGGCUGCCCUGCCUCUUUGGAGGUUGGUCUGUUGUGGGGAAUCAUGUAGGGUUUCUGCUUGCUUUCCUCGGCACCGCCUUGAUUUGUGUAGUGAAUGUGAUCAAGUGGGUGGUUUGUGCUGUCUACUUCUUUGACUGUAAGAGGCGGAUUCUGGAGAAGAAGAUUGAUGGUGAACAUGUGUGAGACCAAGUGAAAGAGGUGUUGGAUGGAUUGAGAAAGGUUGUUCUUCGUGGUUGUUUUGUAUUUCGGUUUGGAGGACUAGACACUAGUGCUUUUGCCUUUGCCCGUAGAAUUCGAACCUGUAAUUCUAUUAUUUCAAAGCAAAUGUAUCAACUAUCAAUCAACAACCAUGGGAUGGAAGCCCCUUGCCUUGCGGCAUAAGGCACGGAUAGCAUGUGGAAACAGAGCAGAACACCAAAAAGUGAAAGAACUGUAUGCAGUAUGUAUAAUAACUAGGGAGUUCUCUAUUGCCUGCUACAGUUCUGCAUACUCCAGAUACAGCACAAAAGUCAACACCUUCCAGAUUAAAGCCAUAAAUUCAAC